AGGGAGAGAGAGAGAUGGUAGGCUUCUUAUCAUGUUAAGCCUUCAGAGUAAGAGGCUCCUUGUUAGCUGAGGAUGCUUAGAGAGCAGUAGGCUGUGCUGAGACUCCGAGCUUAUCACCACGCGGACCCUGCAGCUCCAAGAACAGCCGGGUUGGCAGCAAAGCCUCGCCCAUCCCCAAGCCUCCAUCCCUUCUUCUUUAGCCAUCAAAGGGCAAGCCCGCUUGACACAUCCUCGGAAAAACCCAGGCGAGGGAAAGGAAGCAGAGGAGUUGUCGGAAAGAGAGAAAAGGGAGGAUGCGCCCCCCGGGAGUGGCGACGGUGCCGGCCAUCUGAUCCCUCGGCACCCAUACGCCAUUGUGAGCUGAGGGAACCAGCCGGAGAAGCCGAGCGGGGGCCGUCGGCUGCCUCUGCCCAGACCGCGGCUCCCUCCCUUCCUCGGACCCGUCAGAGCUACUAUGGGAAGCCGGCCCACGAGGGCGAGCGGCAGCCUCAUGAUCCUGCCCCUGUUCUGGCUCUUUGUGCUCCUCAAGAAUGCUACACCUUUCCACGUUACUGUCCAAGAUGAUAACAGUAUUGUUGUCUCCCUGGAACCAUCAGAUGUCGUGAGUUCAUCAUCUGUAUAUGUUGUGAAAAUAACUGGUGAAUCUAAGAAUUAUUUCUUCCAGUUUGAGGAAUUUAACAGUACACUGCCUGCUCCUGUGGUCUUCAAUGCCAGUUAUCAUGGUCUUUAUUAUAUAAUCACUUUGGUGGUAGUGAACGCAAAUGUUGUGCUCAAACCAGCCAGAUCAAUCACUGUGUUAACAAAGCCUCUUCCUGUCACCAGCGUUUCUAUAUAUGAUUAUAAGCCUUCUCCUGAAACAGGAGUCUUAUUUGAAAUUCAUUAUCCAGAAAAAUACAAUGUUUUUACAAGAGUAAACAUAAGUUAUUGGGAAGGCAAAGACUUCCGGACAAUGUUAUACAAAGAUUUUUUUAAAGGUAAAACAGUUUUUAAUCAUUGGCUGCCUGGGAUAUGUUAUAGUAAUAUUACCUUUCAGCUAGUAUCUGAGGCAACAUUCAACAAAAGCACUUUGGUGGAAUACAGUGGUAUAAGUCAUGAACCUAAACAGCAUAGAACAGCUCCUUUCCCACCUCAGAACAUCUCUGUUCGAAUUGUAAACCUGAACAAGAAUAACUGGGAAGAAGAGAGUGGAAGUUUCCCUGAGGAAUCAUUCCUGAAGCCACAAGAUGUUAUUGAGAAAGAGAAAUUGCUUCAUUUUCCAGAUGAUCCUCCUGAAAUUUCCUCAGUCAAUACUUCUUCUGGGUGGCCAGACUUUAAUAGUAGUGAUGAGGAAACAACUCUCCAACCAUAUUGGUGGGAUAGUGAAUCUGUAACGCCAGAAAGUGAAGAUGAAUUUGUCAAUGUACUUCCCAGGGAAGAUAAAAAUAAUAAUACCAUUAGUCCAAUUGAGAAAUCAACAUCAGCACCUCUAUCUUUUUUUCCUGUGCAAAUGAUAUUGAACUGGUUGCCCCCAAAGCCACCUACUGCCUUUGAUGGGUUCCAUAUUCGCAUAGAGAGAGAAGAAAACUCUACUGAAUUUUUGACAGUGGAUGAGGAAGCACAUGAAUUUGUCACUGAACUGAAUGAACCUGGGAAAUAUAAAUUAUCUGUGACAACUUUUAGUUCCUCUGGAUCUUGCGAAACUCGGGGAAGUCAAUCAGCCAAAUCAAUUAGUUUUUACAUCAGUCCUUUAGGAGAAUGGAUUGAAGAAUUAACAGAGAAGCCUCAGCAUGUCCGUGUGAAUGUUUUGAGCUCAACCACUGCCUUAAUGUCCUGGACAUCUUCUCAAGAGAAUGACAACAAUAACACAAUUGUGUCUGUUGUGUCUCUAACCUGCCAGAAACAAAAGGAAAGUCAAAGACUUGAAAAACAUUAUUGUACUCAGGUUAAUUCAAGCAAAAGCAUCAUUGAAAAUCUGGUUCCUGGUGCCCAGUACCAGGUUGUGAUUUACCUAAGAAAAGGUCCUUUGAUUGGACCACCUUCAGAUCCUGUUACAUUUGCCAUAGUCCCCACUGGAAUCAAGGAUUUAAUGCUCUACCCUUUGGGUCCGACUGCCGUUGUUUUGAGCUGGACCAGGCCUUACUUAGGGGCAUUCAGGAAGUAUGUGGUAGAAAUGUUUUAUUUCAAUCCUGCAACAAUGAUAUCAGAAUGGACAACCUACUAUGAAAUAGCUGCAACUGUCUCCUUAACUGCUUCUGUGAGAAUAGCCAAUCUGUUACCAGCAUGGUAUUACAACUUUCGGGUUACCAUGGUGACAUGGGGAGAGCCAGAAUUGAGCUGUUGUGACAGUUCUACUAUAAGCUUCAUAACAGCCCCAGUGGCUCCAGAAAUCACUUCUGUUGAAUAUUUCAACAAUUUGUUGUAUAUAAGUUGGAUGUAUGGGGAUGACACAACUAACCUCUCCCAUUCCAGAAUGCUGCAUUGGAUGGUCGUCGCUGAAGGAAAGAAAAAGAUAAAAAAGAGUGUAACACGAAAUGUAAUGACUGCCGUGCUAAACCUACCUCCAGGUGAUAUCUACAACCUCUCAGUAACUGCUUGCACUGAGAGAGGAAGCAACACCUCUCUGCCCCAUCUCGUAAAGUUGGAACCAGCUCCUCCAAAAUCACUUUUUGCAGUGAAUAAGACUCAGACUUCAGUGACUCUGCUGUGGGUGGAAGACGGAGUAGUUGACUUCUACAAAGUCUUCUGUCAACAAGUUGGUUCUAACCAGGAAAUAAAGCUCCAGGAGCCAGUUUCUGUUUCUUCCCACAUUGUGACGAUCUCCAGCCUCCUGCCUGCCACUGCCUACAACUGUAGCGUAACCAGCUUCAGCCACAACAGUCCCAGUGUUCCUACAUUCAUAGCCAUCUCCACAAUGGUUACUGAGAUGAAUCCCAAUGUGGUAGUGAUCUCGGUGUUGGCAAUCCUGAGCACACUCCUGAUUGGUCUGCUCCUUGUUACACUCAUAAUUCUCAGGAAAAAGCAUCUGCAGAUGGCCAGAGAAUGUGGGGCUGGAACAUUUGUCAAUUUUGCCUCCUUAGAAAGAGAUGGAAAGCUUCCCUACAACUGGCGUAGGAGUAUAUUUGCUUUCCUAACCCUGCUACCCUCAUGUCUUUGGACUGAUUAUCUUUUGGCAUUUUAUAUUAACCCCUGGAGUAAAAAUGGACUAAAGAAGAGAAAAUUAACCAAUCCUGUUCAGCUGGACGACUUUGACACCUAUAUCAAAGAGAUGGCCAAAGAUUCAGAUUACAAAUUUUCUCUGCAAUUUGAAGAGUUGAAGCUAAUUGGACUGGAUAUUCCACAUUUUGCUGCUGAUCUUCCACUGAAUAGAUGUAAAAACCGUUAUACAAAUAUUCUACCAUAUGACUUUAGCCGUGUCAGACUAGUCUCCAUGAAUGAAGAGGAAGGUGCAGACUACAUCAAUGCCAACUAUAUUCCUGGAUAUAAUUUACCACAGGAGUACAUUGCCACACAGGGACCUCUCCCAGAAACCAGAAAUGAUUUUUGGAAGAUGGUUCUUCAGCAGAAGUCACAGAUUAUUGUCAUGCUCACUCAGUGUAAUGAGAAAAGACGGGUAAAGUGUGAUCAUUACUGGCCCUUUACUGAAGAACCUAUUGCUUAUGGAGACAUUACAGUGGAGAUGACCUCUGAAGAGGAACAUAGUGAUUGGGCCUAUAGAAGUUUCCGAAUCAGCUAUGCUGAUGAGAUGCUGGAUGUCAUGCAUUUUAACUACACUGCCUGGCCUGACCAUGGUGUGCCCACUACAAAUGCUGCAGAAAGCAUCAUGCAGUUUGUACAGAUGGUCCGACAGCACUCCACAAAGAGCAGAGGCCCCAUGAUCAUACACUGCAGUGCUGGUGUGGGAAGGACAGGAACAUUCAUAGCCCUGGAUCGACUGCUACAACAUGUUUGUGAUCAUGAAUAUGUUGACAUAUUGGGUCUGGUGUCAGACAUGAGAUCAUACAGAAUGUCCAUGGUGCAGACAGAGGAACAAUACAUUUUUAUCCAUCAGUGUGUACAAUUGAUGUGGAUGAAGAAAAAGAGACAGUUCUGCAUCAGUGAUGUGAUAUAUGAGAAUGUUAGCAAGUCCUAGUUAAGGAUACUGAACAGAGAGGACACAAAGUAUACCCACCUUCCCUUGCUUCAAAAUUAUUGGGGGCGGGAAGAACCUACUAGCCAUUUUGCCAAGGAAGGUCCCUGCUUUGCAGUACAUGGCCAUUAAAGAGGAUAUAUUUUAUCUUGUAGAAACACUGGGAAGACUUAGCCUUAAAGAGCCUACAGUGUCUUUUGGACUGCUUAUUUCUGGACAAUUAAAAUAUUGGACCAAAUUCAACCAAACAUGAUAAACGAUGAGAUACUCUACAGAGAACAGAGGACAGAAAGUACACCAUUCCUGAAGAGUUUGGUUUGUCUUUUGCUGGUUGGACUUAGUUUAAAUACAAGUACAAUAUAUACAUAUAUAAAUAUAUAUAUAUAUAUAUUUUUGGUGACUAUCCCAGAAAGAAAAGUUGCUUUCACUAUGUGUCACUAGUCUAUUAUUAGCAUCUAAUAACUCUUCAUUAUUAAAGAGAGAGGCAUGAACAUACAUCAAGUAAUUGCAAUUCUGCACAAGGAAAUAGGAAUAUUGAUGUUAUUGUUUACCCUCCCAUUAAAGUACUAUACCAGGUUGGGGUGGAGAGAAUGGAGGAAGUGAAGCAGGGGUACUGGAUCAAUGGAUUUUUUUUUCCUAUUCCAAAUAUAUAAAAGCUGUAAUACAGCUCUGAUGUAGAAUAGAAAAGAAAAUAUUGUCUUAAUUGUUCUAGUUGUUGACAGGGUUCUUUCUUCAUAUUUAGGAUGUUUCAUCCCUGAUCCUUAUGGACAUAUAUCACCACCUCGGUUUCUUUUCAGUGACUCUGGUCUGGGUUCAGAACAGUUUACAGUCUACAGUCUGAUUAUCUUGAGGCUCUGUUGAUAUAGUGUUGAGCUGUUCGAGUAAUUUUUGGUGCUUGAAGAUCUAUCAUUCCUUUUUCUAUUAAAUGGCAUACAGUGAAAGCUCUUUUUUUUUUUUUUUUGGAGAAUGUGUGCCAUAAAGACACUCCUUCACCCAUCUGAAGGGAAUUCAUGAACCUAUGAUAAGGAGUUGUAGAAUCUUAGAAUUACUUGGCAGACAGGCAGUCAACCUGGGUCCCAGUGGAGUUUUUAUUUACUCUUGGAUUGUCAAUUUCACCUAUUAUUGAUGUAAUUAGUAACAUUUUAUGAUUUGAGCAUUGUGUAAUGACAUUAUAUAACUGUGUAUUGUGACAAGAAUGCUGUCAAAAUGGGCAUUGAUGGCACUGAGAAGCCUGUUUCUUUGUGCCACUCACUGCAAUACUCAUUUGUAUAAGAGAUGAUGGUACUAAAAGUACAAGGAAAAACAUUUAGAAGUGAAAGUAAAUAUUCAUCAACUAUUUAUUGCGACAAUAUUGCUGUUGUCGUGAAGGUUUCUUACUUUGUGGUUUUUAGUUUAUUGGUUAAGCACAUACUCCCUAGACAUUUUCUUUAGAGAUCUCUCCAGCUUUCUAAGAAUCAGUAUGUAUGGGAUGGUUUGAUAUUUUUUUUUUUUACCAAACAUAGUAAUUAUGAAGAAUGUCAAGCAAAUGGCAUGGAUAUCAAGGCCUCAUUGCUGAGAGGAUUUAACCAGAAAAUAUGACAAAAUUUCAUAUGAGACAUAGACUGUCUAUUUCAGUUCUUACUUUGAUAAGUCUAUGGCCAGAGAUUCUUUCUUUUUGAACAGGUUAACAUGAAUUAUGACUCAAGAAAGAAUAGUAUUUAGGUACCUGCCCACCCCUUUUUCCCACUGCUAUUUCUCACUUUUGUUGUUUAAUAUCACUACUUACUAUUAUAAUGAUUUCGUCACUUCAAAAAACCAACACAGCAUGGGAGUGGGAAAAAAAAAACUAUCAGGCUUUCACAGAUGAGUCAGGCCAUUGAUGAAAACUACAGCUGAGGAGUUGUAUGGUUAAGAAUAGAAUUUUUCCCAAAAUUGUCAUCCAGAAGCUAGCUGUCUUUAAAAAAAAUGUAAUAGCAUUUUAUUUUGGACAGUCUCUAGAAAUCAAGAAUUUUAUAAACAUCUCAUUAAUCUCUUUAAGACCUCCACAAGGAAGGGAUUGAGUAUAACUUUGUGAUCGAUGGGCAGGCUAAGGAACAGGGAAAUUUGUCUAGUUCCUCUCUCCCUCCAAAAUUAACAUAGCAAAGCAAAUUUGACUGAAUUAUGAAAUCUCAAAGCAGGAAGUAACCAAAAGGCCAUCUAGUCCAUCAUUUACUUAAACAAGAAUUAACUCUAUAACAAGUUGUCAUCCAGCACCUGCCUGAAAAACAACCUACUCUACUCUGGGACAAUUCCAAUUAUUAGGAAAAUUUUCUCACAACUGAAGAACAAACGCUUCUCUGAACAUUAAUAAUAUAAUGGCUGACAUUUAUAUCGCACUUUAAAAUUUCUAAAGCACUUAGCAAACAUUGCCCCAUUUGAUCCUCUAUGAAGAACUGUAUAAAGAAAAUAUUACGGGUAUUUUUCUCCCCAUUUUAACAGAUUAAGAAAAAAAGAUUGAGGCUCAAAGAGAUUAAAUGCCUUUCCCAUAGUCACAUAGCUAAUAAAUGUCAGAGACAGAGUUUAAAUCCAUUUCUACCUAAUGUCAAGUUUAGUACUCUUCCACUAAGCUCUGAAUUUUUUUUUCUUAGAAGUCAAGCUUCCAAGGGCUUGGAAUGGAUGUUUCCUGAGUGCUUUCAAUACAAGACAGCACUUUAAAAACUUGAAGAUAGGUAUAUUCCAUUUAAGUCUUUUCUUCUCCAUGCUCAACAUCCCCAGAUUCUUGUAUAGCAUGACAUCAAAGCCUUUUUAAAUCAUUUCCCUAAAAUGUGGUACUGAGAGCUGAACAUGCUACUCCAGAUAUGAAUUGAUGAAGAGAGAAUAUAGAAGAAACAUCGACUCCCUGGACACUGUGCUUCUCUUUAUAUAACUUAAUAUCACAUUUGGUUGCUAUAGUAUGUUAUUGAGCCGCCAGAUAUUAUAUUCAGAUUAUUUGCAGUCUAGCUACACCUCCCUUGUUGUAUUUUGAGAUAUUAUAUCCAAAUGAAAGAAGGAUGAGGGAAAAAAGAAAAAUAAUAUGAGCUCCAACAGGAGAUGGCUUCAAGGAGGAGGAAUAGGAGCCAAAAUAUCAAGAAAAACUAAAAUACUUAAUUCUCAACUCUUGGAAUAUGGACAUAAAGACAGAAAUGAUUUGUUUUAAUAUUCAUUGUAAGAACUAACUACUAGAGAAUUCAAUAUUCAGGAAGAAUAUUCCUUUCAAGAACCAUAUUCCCUGAGAUAAUUUUGAAACCUUGGAAAAGUGUAUAAAAACGAUUCAAAGAGCUCCAAAUAUCCUGCAGUUCAUACUGAAUCAUUUUGGGAAGGGUUCUAGAAAUGCUAUACUUAAUGCUUGUGAUUUAGAAUUUAACUUUUAACAAAUUUUAACUUAAAUGUUAAUAAGUAUUAACUUUGUUAACUCUUAGAUUACCUAUUCAUCAUGGAAAGAACACUGGAAUAUGUUCCAGGAAACUUGAAUCCUAUCUGGCAAAAAAAAAAAAAAAAAAAAAAAAAAAAA